AUGGCACCUACUCCGCCACCAAGCAGUGCUCAAGGGAAGCCUAGCUGGAUCCUCACACCCGAUCACAGCACGACCGUCUCGCGAAUUCAGUCCGUCGCGGGCAAAGUCGCCGUGGUCACGGGCGGCGGUCGCGGAAUCGCUGCACAGAUCGCUUGUGGUCUCGCAGAGGCCGGCGCCCUGGUCGCUGUCCUCGAUAUUCUUCCUGCCCCGGUCAUAGAAGACUUCGAUCCUAUCCUUCAGGCAUGUCCACAAGCCAAAUUCUACCGCGCCGACGUGACAUCCUCCGAGUCACUUGCACAAGCCUUCCGUUCUGUGCUGCAAGACUUUGGGAAGAUCGACAUCUGCGUCGCCGGGGCAGGCGUUCUCGGCGAAACCCAGCUGAUCGACGUCCCGGAGUCGGAACUCCUCCGUCAAGUCAACAUCAACCAGCUGGGUGUCUUCUUCACGGUCCAACAGGCGGCACGGCAGAUGGUGGCUCAAGGCCACGGGGGAGCGAUUCUUGUUAUUGCAUCCAUUGCCGCCCACGGAUCGUUGAGGGGCCAGCUGUCGUCCGUCUACGUGAUGACCAAAUGGGCGAUAAGAGGGCUUGUGCGGCAUGCUGCACUCGAGCUGGGACAACACCAAAUCCGGAUCAACUCUCUCUCCCCCGGAUACGUCCAAACUGGGCUUUCCAUCCCCUUUAUCACCGAAGAGAGGUUGAAAGUCUGGAACUCCACCGUGGCCUUGGGCCGCAUGGAAAGACCCGACGAGCUCAAGGCGCCUGCGGUGUUUUUGUGCAGCGACGCGGCGAGCUACAUAACGGGCACAGAUUUGCUGGCUGACGGUGGUGCUUUGUGCUAA